AAAACGUAAAAAUGGAUCAUGAAAGAGGAAGUCGUAGAGAUAGUGGCAAAAAGAGAUAUAGAGACGAUGAUCGUCGAAGUGGCGGUCGUGAUCGAAGAAAUCGAGAUCGUGGAAGAAGUAGUUAUAUUGAAGUUCAGGAACAACAACCUGCAGAAGAUAGUCCCGAGAAAAGAUUGACAACCCUCCUUAUUAUUUUGGGUGACAAGAUGACACCAAAAGAAAUAACUACAAAUAUUGAUAAGGUCGCCAGUAUUUUAAAAAGUGAAUAUUCAAAACUUGAGACUCAUGUACUGAAGACCAUAAAGAAUUGUUUCAUGGAGUUACCAAUGAAGUCAUACAUUUAUGGUACUCUUAUUGGCCUUGUGAAUGUCACGCGAUCUGACGUUGGUGUUAAAGUCGUGAAAAUGACAUCGCAGACUUUGCAACAGUGUUUGAAUGAAGGAAAUUGGCGCGGAGCAAAAUUAUCUCUUAAAUUUUUUGGAGAGUUGACAAAUGCUAAUGUUAUAUCACCCAGAACUAUGUUGGAUGUUUAUGAUGAUUUAUUAACAGCGCUCGAUGAACAAAAUCUGAAAAUGUCUCGAGCGGACACAAUUGUGUAUAUUGUUUUAGCCUCAUUACCAUACGUGGCAACAAGGCUUCGAGAAAGGUGUCCAGAUGUUUUAGAAAGCAUGUUAGCAAAAAUUGAACGAUAUUUCUAUGCUAGAGAACGAACUAUAUUGGAUAUAGAUGGUUCAGUUGUUCGAAAAUCCAUCCAACCUUACGUUGGACCCAAUGUGCCAUAUGAACAACAAGAUAUGUUAGAACUCUUAUGGACCCAAAUCCAAAAUUUAAAAAGUAAUGAUUGGGUGUGCCCAAACCUUUUGAAACCUUGGUCGGAAUAUGAUGGUGUACUGAUAACUGCAGACCAACAUGAAGUUGAAAAGUUCGUUGUACCUCAAGAGUUUGGCGGAAUGAAUAAUUCUUUGCCAACCACGUCGUUCCGAAUUUUCGUUGGCUUGGAUGAUGAGUCAAUAAAAGAACAUGAUGUCUCUGAUAUAUCAUAUUUUAUUAUCAAUGAUGUUGUUGAUGAUAUUCUCGAUAUUAUGGAAGUAAAUCGUAAGGAUUGCGCGAAAUAUCUAAAAGAUCUUCCAUACUGUUUUGCACCAGACACUUUUAUUGGCAAAGAUACAACUGUUUCAGCAGCAAAAACCGAUGUUAAGGUUGAAUCGGAAACAAAAAUGGAAACUGAAGAGGAUUCAUUUCCUAAUAAUUGGACUAAUGACAACCCACCCUCAGUAGAUACAACUAAUACAAAUCAAAAUAUUACUGCAAAUUUUCAACUUGAACAGAUUAUUGUUGAGUCCACGUUCAAGAAUAUCUUCCAAUUGCCACAGCCAAAAUAUAAAUACAUAUUUUAUCAUUCACUCCUAACCGAAGUUUGCAAGAUGAUGCAUGAAACAUUUCCGCCUGUGCUCGGUAAGGCCAUAGGAAUUCUAUUUGAUCGUGUCGAUAUUAUGGAUGUAGAGUGCUGUUAUAGAUUCUGGAAUUGGUUUAGCCAUCAUCUAAGUAAUUUCAGUUUUAUAUGGAAUUGGAAAGAUUGGGAGAGUUCUUUACAAUUUGAUCCUUUACAUCCAAAAGUAUGUUUCUUACGAGAAACAUUCCAAAAGAUGGUACGCUACAGUUAUUAUGAAAGAAUCAAAUCUACUAUUCCGGACGAAUUUUCGUCCAUUUUUCCGAUAGAACCAUCCACUAGUUUUAAAUAUGAAGAUUCUACUCAUCCCUUACACGAUUUGGCUGAGACUUUAUUAGGAAAAAUUCGAAAAAGAGCCUCCAAUGAAGAUGUACAAGCAUAUUUUAAAGAGAUAGUUACAGCUUUACCUCCAAAAGAACAAGAUCAAACUAUACGUGAUAUUUUUGUUCAAUGUGUGCUCAUGCAAGGGUGUAAGAGUUUUAGUCACGUGCUUAAUGUUAUUGAAAGGUAUCUACCAAUUCUUCAAUCUUUAAAUGAGUCUCCUGAAGACAAAUUACAUACGGUUAAAAUUGUCGCGGAAUUUUGGAAAAGAAACACUCAGUUCUUGGGUAUUCUUCUUGAUAAGUUAUUAAAUUAUCGAGUUAUUGACGCCAGUUCUAUAAUAACAUGGUUAUUCACGAAAGAGAUGGAAACAGAAGUUUCCAAAUCAUAUAUGUGGGAAAUUAUGAAGAACACUAUAAAUAAAGUUAUAUCAAGAGUCAAGCAGGUUCAAUAUAAACUUGAUACCUUGAUAAAUCCACGCACCGACAUCAUUGACAUAACAAGCGAUGUGGAUAAAAAAGUUAACUCUGAAGAAUUACGUAGUCUUGAAAAUACGUUGAGCAAUGUCACUAGAGAACAGAAGGAAGUUUUGUUAGCCCUGGUUAAUUUAUUUGUUGGGAUGCUUGAUGAAAGGCUAAAAGAAUAUAUCGAACAAGAUAUUCAAGAUCCUAUGUCACAAUAUUGGUUCUGGUGGGCAUAUGGAUUUUUCAAGGAAAUUGGACGAUGUUAUCAACCUCAAAUGUCAACAUUUAUGGUAACAUUGGAAACCGUUAUUAUUGAUCCAUUGGAUACUAAAACUAAUCCAAUUAUCGCAAACGUAAUUGAGAUGAUUAAAGCGUUUGGGCGUAUGAAGGAAGCUUCUGUCGUUGAAGAUUUAUCAUAAAUUAAAAUUUUAUCAUUUUUCGAAGGUAGGUUAAAGAUUGUGUAUUUGUCUUUUAAAUACAAUUUCUUAAAUCAAAAUCAA